UCUCCAUUCAUUUUUUUUUCUUUUUGUGUCAAAUAUGAUCGUACAGAUAGUACAGCUCUGGCCCGGGUCCUUGUAUACUAUCAGCUGUUCCAUCUCAAGUUGAUACGGUAACGCAUUGUUUAACCUUUUACACGAUGAAUAUUUACAUCUCGCCGCAGCGCCGACUGAAGAAGGGAGCACGCACGUCACACCCUGUUUGAGCGCACUUGCCGGGGGUCUACAUAUAAAAUAAUAAACUUACGCGCGCAAAAGACGCGAAAAUGUGGAAGGGCAUCUCGAGAGUGGAAGACAGAUGAAGCAAUGGAUAAACUUUGAAACUUUCAAGAACUGCUAUUCUUCUGUUGAAUAUUUAGGGAAUGCCUACAUAAAGAAAAUCUAUGAACUGGAUCUUAGGUUGAUGAUCUGAGGAUGGAGGUGAAUGUGUCCAUCUGCAUCUCUUUGGUGGUUUAUAUCGUCACAUUCCUCCUUGGACUUCCCGCCAACCUCCUUGUUCUUUUUAUCUACAUCCGCAAAGCUCGAAAACACGGUGCCACCCCCAAUGUAGUUUACGCUCUCAACCUGUGCGUAGCAAAUUUGGCUCUAGUCUCGUGGAUGCCUGUAAAAGUAACUGAGACGGUCCUUCAAGGCUGGGCAUUUCCAGCUGUGGUGUGUCCCAUUUACAGCUUCUUUCUCUUCGCCUCGCUUUACGGGAGCAGCCUGCUGCUCACAGCAGUGGUCGUGGGUCGCUAUCUAAGCAUCGCCUUCCCCAUAACCUACAAGAUUUACCGCAGAGCACGAACGUCUUGGCUGGUGAGUGGUGUCUUGUGGGCUUCGGUGCUUUUACAUCUCGGUUUUGGUUUUUUUGCGGAAGGAGGAGGGCAUUUUGUUUCCUUUUCAAACCUGAACGUCUCGACAUGCUAUGAAAACUUCACCCAGGAGCAGUUGAGACUUUUGGUGCCCCUACGACUGGAAAUGUCUGUUGUUCUUUUCUUAUUUCCUUUGAUCGUGUCUGCGUUCUGCACACUGCGAUGCGUGGUGCUUGUCAGGCGCUCCUGCUUGCCUUCUCUGGGCAAACGGAGGGUGCUUGGGAUUGCAAUCUCAACGCUGGUCGUCUUUGUUGUCUGCCAUGGACCCUACAACAUCUCUCACGUGGUGGGCUUUGUUUUAUAUACUAAUGUGGAAUGGAGGAGUGAAGCAAUGCUUACAAGCUCUUGCAACGUCUUUUUGGAGCCUGUGAUCAUGCUGAUGCUGUCACCAUGGACACCAAAGGAAUUAGCUGACAGACUGUGCAAUAGGCGAGGACCACAAUCAAGAUACAGGUCGUGGCAUCAGCACCUCAGUAAGGGAACUUCUUCCAGGAACCAUCAAGGGACUACGCAAGAGGGGGACAGAAUCUAAACAAGGCAAACCAAGAGUAAGCAAAACAACAAAUAUUUAGGGCAACAAAAAGUCAAUCUUACUUAAAAGUGAGGUUUAUUUAACCUGUUGAUGCUCGAACUACUUGUGGACAAUGCCCUGCGAGGAGCCUUAUAACUUUAGUUGAAGCCUCCUGCCCAAAAAAACCUGGUCUUACAAGGGAAGGAUAAAGAUAUGUAACAAUGUAUUUGUGAUCAUUAAAGAAAGUUGGAUGAAAUGCAAGCAGGAAGGCAAGAAUGAAAAUACAUGUUCUUGUAAAAUAAUACUAUUUGUGUAAAUAAUACCAUUUGUGUCUUGUAAAAUAAUAUGAUUAUGUAUAUUUAACCUCAGGACUGAUGGGAUUGUAUGUUAAUAAUGGAAUUAAUUGUUCUUAUAAGCCACUUGUUUAGAAUGCAUUAUAAGCACGCUGCUAUUGUAACUGUUGUUAUUGUGUUUAACAAUGCCUUGUAAAAUGUUACCAUCAUUUUAAUUGCUCUUAUAAGGCUUCUGGGUGUUGGUGUAUGUGUAUGCAAAUGGAGAUCACAAGCAUAAUCUAUAUUUUUAUAUACCAAUUUUCUGUAGUGUAUGGAAUGCAACAUCCAAAUAAUUUUAUUGGGAUUACAGGUUCAUCUCUCCAGUUUCAUGAAAGAUUUAUUCCAUGACCAUAACUGUAUAAUAUAUAUAUAUAUAUUUAAUAAUAUAUCACAUUCUUUUUGUAAACACUUCCUUCGUGUUUUUGUCUUGAUCAUAAAAUACAAAACAGUUGACUUCUGUUCACAUGAUCUAGUUUGCAAUUAGACACGUUACUAAAAUUUAAUGUUGAUGACAUGAUAAAUAGAUGUUGCGCUACUGGAUGUAAAAUGUUACUGGAUGAAAUGAGAAGGAAGCCUGAAGCCUAGGUGAGUUGUGUGUUAUCUAUAUUGAGAUUUAUAUUGGGUCUUCUGAAUAUGGCAGAUUUUUUUAAACAUGAACAUAAUGUCAAGUUUUAGUGUACAACAAUUUAACAAUUGCAGUAACCUGACCACAAGGUGAUAAUAGCAGUGCAACAAUUGUAGAAUAUAAUGUUGCAUUUGUAUGAUUUGUAAUUUUCGUGAUAACUUUAACUACUACUUGUAUCAUUAUUUAAUCACAAAUUCAUUUUAUUUACUUACAGAAAAAAACACAUGAAUUUCACAUGUGAUCACGUGUGAACAACAUCAAUUUCACAUGUGAAAAAAAACCAAGUAAAAUGUGUGUUUUUGAAACAUUUUUGUGUGAAUCCCAUGAAUUCCCACACUGUAAAAAAUUUGCAGCAUUGUUGUCAAAUCAACAUUUCUAUGUUACUUUAACUUAAAACAUUAAAUUAAACAAUUUCAACUUGAUUUAAUAAGUUAUGUCAAUUUUUUUAGGCCAAAACUUAAAAUAGUAGGUUGAAUCAACUUGCAAAACCAAGUUGUUUUAACUUCAUGCUGCAUAUUUUUAGUGAUGUGAUCACAUGGGUCUCACAUGGGAUUCACACAAAAAUGUUCCAAAAACACACAUUUCACAUGUGAAAUUCAUGUGACUUUUCUGUAAGGAUCCAACUUGCUGUUUACUGUUAAAAUAUAAGUUUUUUG